AUGUUUGUGCCUCUAGGAUUUCGGUUUAUCCCCACAGAAGAAGAACUCCUCACACACUUUCCCAGAAGAAAACUGAAGCAAGAAUCGUUGCCUUACGAGGGUGUAAUUUUGGAGCGCGAUGUUUAUGGCGAGAAAAUUGACCGCGAAAAGAAGAGAAUUAUUCGGAGAGCUGGAUGUGGGACAUGGGAUGGCCAAACCGGUAUCAAGAACAUUUAUAAUAAAGAGAAAGAGCUUAUUGGAUUCAACAAGAUGUUGAGUUUUGAAGUAGAUGUGAAAAAAGAUGAGUUCUUGAUCAUGCCAAAAGGUCAUUGGACUAUGCACGAGUAUUCAUUGGGUGGUGUGAGUUUGAAUGGGUUAGAAGAAGGCACUCGUGAUUACGUAAUUUGCAAAAUCAAAAGAGAUGAUUCUAAACAUCUCAAGAGAGCACCAAAGCAUCAUGCUCAUGAAGUAUCCAAAGAAGAAAACCCUAGAUGUCGUAAGAAGAUGAGAUAUGAUCAUGGUGAGGUCUCUACAACUCCACAAAACAUUGAUCAAUCUGUGUCCACAGUAACAAUAAUGGACAGUCAUCCUGAUCAGUUGCUUCCACCGAAACUACCCAACAAUACACCCUUUGAUAUUCAGCCACUGCCAACACAUGAUGAUGAUGAGACUGCAACACUCUUUGAUCUGUCCAACAUCACAAUCAACUCUUGUGAUAUGCAGCAGAUAGACUCAUUUUUUGACAACUUAGAUGCAACUGCAACCUCCAAUAAUCAGCCGCUGCUACCACGUGAUGAUGAUGAGACCAAUGCAUAUACAAUAGCAGCAGAAGACUCGUUUUUGGAGGACACUGAUCCAGAAAUGCAGGAGCAACUCAAUGCUUUAUCUGAAUUUCUUAUGAAUGAUGAUGAGCCAUCACUUUCAGUCGGCAACAUCGAUCAAAUCCAAGAAAACUUUUGGCUAUAUUAA